AUGGCUUCCCUUGCCGCGUCCUUCCGGACGCUGUCCCUCACCACCGCCCGCGCGGCUAUCCGCCCCCAAUGCUGCUCGCAGAAGAUUGCCGUUCGCGCCAUGUCGACGGCCAUCAUGACGAGGCAGCCGAUGAUCAAGACCGAGGCUCUGUUCGCGCGCAAGAGCGCCGCUGUGGGCAACGCGAUUGUGCAGCAGACGAGGGGAAUGAAGGUUCACAGCUCCGUCAAGAAGAGGUGCGAGCACUGCAAGAUUGUUCGCCGCAAGGCCGGCAAGCGACACAACGGUUACUUGUACGUCAUCUGCAAGGCGAACCCCAGGCACAAGCAGCGCCAGUCGUAA